AUGUCGCGAACAAAUCGUACGCUUGUCACUGCUAAGCAACAGCUUAGCAGACAUCUCAAUGACAUUCUUCGGUUGGUAGAGGACUGCAGCAAAUACAAAGAGGGCUGGCAGUUUCCCAAAGUUCGUAAAGAGCUAUACGUAUUUACUCGUACGCAACGCUCAGUUAUUCAAACCACUAUAGCAAAACUUGAGUCGAAAAUCGAUACCGUAAUGCAAAUCUAUGGAGACACAAUGGAAAACCUCUCCAGCUCAGAUUCGGACAACGCAAGGGUAGUGGAAACUAAGGAAGGUUUUGAUGCGUACUGGGUUGAAAAGGACGGCGAAAACACCUUAGAAGCGGCUCGUGAGAUGGUACAAAACUUAGAGAUGAGAAUGGUGGAACUAAGCGUACAAGAAAUGCAAUUAGCUUGUGCAGACGAAUUCGAAGAAAUCGAAAAGCAGCGCGCAAACGAAACCCAUGUCACACAGUUCGUAACUCCAAACACAUUUAUUUCGCAAUCUGAUAUACCUCAACCAAGAUCUAGCCAAAUCCCGGCGCACUGGUAUAGAAAAGAACUCAGAAUACCGGAGUUCUUCGGAAACCCCAUGGAAUUCGAACAGUUUUGGGAGAUUUUUGCGGAACUAGUAGACAAACAGCCUUAUUCUGACAUCGAAAAGCUAACAAUACUGCUCGAUAAAUGCAAGGGAGAGGCAGCAAGAGCGCUGAAAUACUUACCUCGUAAAGGUUCGUCAUACAAGAACGCCGUACUCCAACUCAAAGAACAAUUCCAAAACAACGAAUUGAACGUAAAACUUCUUCUGCAACAGUUGGAUAGUAUUCCAACGUCAUCGAAUGACGCAAUGCAACUACGCACAACUCUGAAUGAUUUAAUGGCAGUUAUCGUCCCAUUAUCACGCGCGGAAACACACAUAGACGCACGCGAAUACAAAAGUAAAGUACUGCAAAAGUUUCCGGAAGCAGUUCAAAGUACGCUUCUUUCGAAAGAAUAUGAUGAAGACAAGACCUGGACAAUGGAACAACUGUUAGAAGAAAUUCGCAAAGUUGUGAAGAAAUGCGAACUUACGCAAAUUCAUACAUGCACUAGCUCCGCAGUACCAACAAAAUCUACAGUAUUGCUUACGAAACCACGAAAAGUUGCGCAAUACAGAUGUGCAGCUUGCGAAGGUGCACACAAGCUUAAAUUCUGUAAUAGAUUCAGAACAGUCCAGGCUAGGCGUCAACGUAUCGUAGAAAUGGGUAAAUGUUUUAAGUGCUUUUCAACGCAACAUCUCAGCAGUCAAUGUAAAAAAUCGAACUGUCGUAACUGUGGAGAACCUCACAACAUAGCAAUAUGUAAUAACUUUGACAAUCAGAAAAAGGAUGUCAAUUAUCGAAACCAAAGCGUAAAACCUUAUCAAGCAGAUAGGAGAAACAGCUUUAACGCACGUAACAGGAGUAGAUCACACUCCUCGGAACGAAAUUUCAGGUUUCGUUCAAAGUCACGCUCCCGAUCGCCUCCUGCUUAUUCGAACAGACAUCGAUAUCGCAGUCGGACACGCUCGCCAACUCCUUACCGUUAUCGGAAAAAUUCACGAGAGUCAAUUUUGGCUCAUACCACUAAUAUAAUCACAGACGAAUCCGUAAGCAGUUCAGAAGAAGAAGACGAAGAACUCGUACAGAUCAACAAAAUUAGAACCAUCGCCAACAAUUGGACUGAUCCACGUCUAAUGAUUAUAAUGCUCCCCCUGAGAAAUAAUGAAACCCGAAAUAUCGAAAAAGUGUAUGCACUUUUAGAUACGGGAGCUACCAGAAGCUUCAUAUCGGAAAAUCUAGCGAAUCGACUCCAACUCGCAACGGUGAAAGAUGCAUCCUACGUCUUAUCAACUUUCGGAGGUAAUCGAGUAAGGAAAACCUCUAGAGAAGUACUCGCACAGGCAAUAGUAAGCAACAGCGAACACCUCUCGAUGCAUCUUUUAACGUCCGAGCCCAUCACAGAGCCAGUCACUCUAGCACGAUUAUCAAGCGAAGAUAUCAAAUAUGCCUCUGAGAAAAAUAUUGAAAGCGGCAUUCUGAAUGACAUGGAUAUCGAAACAUUACCGGAAGUACUUGUAGGUAUCGACUACUACAACGAAAUCUUAGAUAUCUCAGCAACACCCAUUCAAUUACCAUCCGGACUAUACGCAGUCCCAACUAUUUUCGGACACGCAAUCACGGGACUAGAUGGAAACACAAUUUCGGAAACAGUAAUGAGUUUCAACUCAUCAACAUCAUUUUACGAAGAAACAUCGCCUGAUUUUUCAGCAAUGUGGAACCUAGAAAACAUGGGAAUUACGGAUACUAUAUCGGAAACCGAAGAAAAUCAGAAAAUUCUAAAGGAAUUUUACGAUACCAUCGAAAUACGUAAUAAAGAAAUUUACGUAAAAUUUCCUUGGAAAUCAAACAAGAUGGAGUUAGACAAUAAUUACAAAAUUGCCUUCAGUAGAUUGAUGCAACUCUAUAAUUCACUGUCGUCUAAGAAAGAUUUAUGGGAAAAAUAUUGCAAAAUAAUAGAGGAACAGCUUCGCAAAAAAAUCGUAGAAGACGUUCCGUCAAAAUCUCAAUCGAAAGACUGCCCUUUAUACUAUAUACCGCAUCAAGCAGUGCUUAAACCAAGCAGCAAUACCACGAAAGUAAGAAUAGUUUUGGACGCAAGCGCCAAAAGAGUAGGACAACUCUCGUUGAAUGAUGUCCUAUACAAAGGGCCAACAUUAUUACCUACUUUACUCGGAAUACUGUUAAGAGCUCGUACAUACGAAUACAUCCUAAUAGGAGAUGUGGAGAAAGCGUUUCAUAUGAUACGCUUACAAGAGUCACAAAGAGACGCAACACGUUUUCUGUGGCUUAACGACCCACACAAGCCUCCAACACCAAAUAACAUUCGAAAACUACGCUUUACAAGAGUACCAUUCGGAACCAAAACAAGCCCUGCAUUAUUAGCAAUGUCCAUAAAAUAUAUGCUUGAUCGCAACAAGCAAACAGAAUUAUGUCAGCAAAUCGCACGCAAUCUUUAUGUUGACAAUAUGGUGUUAGGAGCUAACUCUGAUGAAGACGCAGUCGUAAAAUAUCAAAAGAGCAAGCAUAUUUUCGAAGAAAUGUCAAUGAAUCUUCGUCAGUUCGCAACAAAUAGUUCAUUUCUACGACACAAGAUUGCAGAAGAAGAUAAAGAACCAAACCAAAACGUAAAAAUACUCGGAAUUCUAUGGAACACAUCAAACGAUACCAUUCUAUUGAAAUCAGAGCUGAAAUUCCAGCAACAGCCUACUAAAAGAAAAGUUCUCCAAACAAUACAUUCGACAUUCGAUCCACUAGGAUUAUUAAUCCCAGUAUUGAUACCAGCUAGAAUUUUUCUGCAAACUUUAUGGGUCAAAAAAUAUGACUGGGAUCAACCGCUUUCGGAAAGUGAUGAAAACAGAUGGAAAACAAUAUGCCUGGAAGGCAGCAAAUUCGUAAAAUCCCUGAAGAGAUUUAUCGGCACGAAAAAGACAGAAUGUUUUGAAUUAUUUACGUUCGUAGAUGCAUCAACAAACGCAUAUGCGGCGUGCUCAUAUCUCCGCAGUAGUAAGGACAACAUAAUAGAAACGGAACUAAUUUGUGGAAAGUAUCGUCUAGCGCCAGUGAGUUAUCUUACAGGCAGAUCUUCAGCCACAAUACCGAAAUUAGAACUUCUUGCAAUUUUUAUUGGUUACCAGCUGACAGAUUACUUGCUCAACGAACUCGACAUCAAAAUAAGUAAAAUUCAUAUCUUCUCGGACAGCAAUAUUGCCCUCUCACAAGUACAUUUUGGAAAAAGCGCCGGAACAUUCGUAAACAACAGAGUACGCAAAAUCAGAGCUCGUCAUGCAUCUUGGACGCAAAAACACAUAGAAACAUGUUGUUACUAUAUCAAUACAGCGGAAAAUCCAGCCGACUGUGCUACGAGAGGCUUAAAAAUUUCGGAAUUCGGUGACCACCAAUGGUGGACAGGACCAAGUUUUCUUCGUGCAAAAGAAGAAGAAUGGUCAUCUGUCACAAAAUACGAAAUGAAAUGGAAUGAUUCUGAGGUAGUAAUGAGAAUUUUUCUGAAAAGCGUAAAUGAAAGAACUCCUAUAUUCCGCUAUGGAUUAUCGCAUUGGGAUAAAUUAAGAAGAUCAACAGCUGUAAUGUUGAAAUUUAUCAAGAAAAUCGCAAAAAAUCGUUAUCGUAAAACGGAGGACGAUGAUUCGAUGCAAUCGAACUGCAAAGAACUCUAUUACAUAUCGGAUCUAGUAGAACAUAGUGCGAAAGACCUUAUUUUGGCCGAAAACGUACUCAUAAGAGACCAUUAUCUUCAUAUGACAAAUGAACAAUUCCGAAAAUACGAAUACUUACACUUGUAUCUCGACAACAACAUUUAUAGAUGCAGCAGCAGAUUAGCAAAUUCACAUCUUGGAGAAGAAGCAACUAAUCCUAUACUUAUUUUGCCAUAUCACCAAAUCGCAAAAGCGCUUAUCGUACAUUAUCACAAGAAAAUAGGUCAUCAAGGAGUCAAUUCAACUCUGGCGGCGAUUCAUCGAAAAUACUGGAUACCGCAAGGUCGACAAGUAGUCAAAAAGGUUCUUCGCAAUUGUAUUACUUGCAAAAAAAUGCACGGGUUACCCUACAGGUACCCGGAACCUCCAGUUCUACCUUCAGAAAGAGUUCGACAAUCGCACCCCUUCGAAAACGUAGGUAUAGAUUAUGCUGGACCAUUCACAGUUAAAAUUCUCAAUAACGUACACGAAAAGAGAUGGAUUUGUCUAUUAACAUGUAUGACCACAAGAGCUAUUCACCUAGAAACAGUUGACGGACUUUCAGCUAUAGACUUUAUACAAGCCUUGAGAAGGUUUAUAGCUCGUAGAGGCACCCCACGAUACGUAAUAUCGGACAACGCUACGACCUUCAAGCUAGGGCAUGACGUCAUCGAACAAUUAUUGAAAGAAAAUAGGCUUUCAACUAAAAUAAAUCAUUUUCUUAGCACAAACGGAAUAUCCUGGAAAUUUAUCACACCUUUAUCACCAUGGAAGGGAGGUUUUUACGAAAGGUUGAUUGGAAAUGUAAAGACAUGUCUACGUAAGACUAUCAAACGUAAAUUUCUUUCGGACAACGAAUUCCGUACAGUUUGUGCAGAGUGCGAAGCUAUCGUAAAUGCAAGACCUUUGACGUAUGUCACAUCAGACUUCCACGAUUAUGAUCCCAUUCGACCAGUGGAUUUUCUGCAGCCUAAUGCUCAUAUCACCCUAUGGAACUUUGAACCUGACUACGACCCAAGCUUCAGACUGUUAUCAUCGAAAAACGAAGCAAUACAGUUGUUAGAAGAAACACGAAAACUACUCAAAAAAUUCUGGGAAGUCUGGUCGCAAACUUAUCUUGAUAGUCUUCGCAAUCUACGAAUGCAAGUAGCAAAACGAUCAGCAAAAAUAAGCCCGCAACAAGGAGAUGUAGUACUAUUAAUGGACGAAAAUAGUCCUCGAACAACAUGGAACAUGGGAAUCGUAACUAAAGUACACACCGGCGAGGAUCAAGUUAUCCGAUCAGCGGAUGUUCGUAACGCGAAAGGAAACAUCAUGCGCCGAUCGAUCAACAUGCUCAUUCCGCUAGAACUUUCAAGCGGUGAAUCAUAUUCCGAUGCAGUUGAAGCUCAAAGCACGCCAUCGGAAGAACACAUUCGAAGAGUACAACCACCGCGGAAAGCGAAGAAAAAAGUAACAUAUGCCGAAAAAGUGGACGUGAUAUCAAACAGCUUUACGAAAAUAAACACUAAUACAUCGCUUUUUCUUACAUUGUUAUUAUCGACAAUAAUCAGUUGUACUUCAGCAGACGUAACGGCAAAGGACAAUAACGUCUCUUGCGUAAAGGGAGGAAUUCUUUUAAGUAAUCUCACACCAGUUAAAAUGUCGGACGUCCCAGGUCCCUCGAAAUAUUCUGAAGUAGACAUGGAAGAAAAUGAGGAAGAAGACGGAAACACUCCCAACAACACUCCAAGCAUGGACGCUUUUGGAGAAGAGGUCGCAAACCCAAUUCAGGAUCUGAUCGAUAAGCUCAACGAAGAGCUCGAACAGCUUCGCAAAGACGCAAAAGAAAAGGAAAUGGCGGCGAAAAAAGCCAGGGAAAACAUCAACAGAAUAGAGCAGCAACUCAAAUCCUUACUUCACGAGCCGAGGACCCAACCAACGGAAAACCGAGUGCAGGAGCCCACGCCACAACCACAACAGAGGGCGGCAGCGCAAGAACAAGCGAUGGAAUCGCAAUCGAAGUUUCAACUUGUGGAAAAAGGCAAGUGCAAAUUUGCUUGUGGAUCCUCCACCCAUACGUACGCUACGGAUUGCGAUGUGUACGCAACCAUCAGCGACCGCAGGGAGAGGAUGAGGCAAAUGCACCUCUGCAUACGCUGUUUCCAACAGCACAUGUCAAAUGAAAGAUUAUGCGCAAUCGUACCUUGUUUUUAUUGUUCGACGGCAAACCGCGAGAUGAAGAAUCAUAUAAGCGCCUUGUGCCCCUUUGUUUUUCCUAAAUAUCGUCAUCAGGAAAAGAAGAAAAUGACAGUGCUGUUGAAACACAAAGCUUUAUUUUAA